AUCUAGAACUGUCCUCAAGUGCUUGAGUCUCUAUGCGUUUCAAGGAGUCUGACGUAUAUGUCCUCGAUAACUAGGGCUGACGAAUGCCUGCAUCGCUGAGUGCCCCGAUGUUCCACACAGAUACUGCAUGCGCCACAUUGUGGCCAACAUCAACACAUCGCUUGGUCGCCACUUAUCUAGCCCCGAAGAAGCCCUGGUGUAUACACACUGGCACGCUCUGACAGCCACGACACGUUUGUGUGGAACUUGGAAAAGCUAACAUCGAUGAGCUCAGUUGUUGCUGUAUACCUAUCGCAUAUCCCUCUGAAGAAUUGGGUGACCUAUGCAUUCCCCAGACCAACGUUUGGCAACGUCACAUCCAACAUGAGCGAAUCGGUAAACCAAUGGUUGGGAACCGAGCUACGUAGCACAGAUGCUGCGAUGCUCCACUUCCGAUAGAUGCACCAUUAGUUGCAUAUCUAGUUUGUCUAGCGUAUCUAGGUAAACUAGACAUCUAGAUACAUCUAAGUGUAUCCAGAUCUUCUAGAGUAUACUAGUAUCAUCUAUAUAUUUUAGUACUACAACUAACAGUUAUGUAGAUCAAAAAGUGUAAGCAGGCCUGACGACUCAAUGACACCUGUUCACCUCAAGUUGUACCAGACGUUGUUAACAAAAGUCGCGAAAUAUAUCGGUAUUAACUAUUCGCAAUAUAUUGAUGUUUGCGAGCCGGGGAGAUCGUUUUUGGCAUUUUUCUUCGAUCCAACUUCGACAACUACCCACGUUUGGCGCUUAGUCGACCUGGAAGCAAAAACAUGUCAGUGCUGCACUUGGUUUGACACAAGGAAACCUUGUAUCCAUGCCACCAGAUGCUACAACGCUAUUCAUCAGGAUCCAAUGCUAUUCUUCGACGACGUGUACUCAACGAAGCGCUUCAAGCUGCUCUACGCGGCCCAUGUCGUACCAGUUCAGCCACAAGACCUUGACAGCGAUCCUUUAUCAAGAGCACCUGAUGUUUGUCGACUCGACUUGAACCCUUCGAAGCCAGGUCCGAAAACGAGACGGCGAAAACGAUCGAAUGGGAUGCGUAAUUAGCAUAAUGGUGGAC